GGAGUCGGGGAAAGGGGUGCCCCAAAACUGGGGUCGCUGGGAGUGACAUUUCCUCUGCUGUUCGCCGGCUCGACUUUGAUCUUUCAGAAGUGAAUUCUUUUUGUCCGGCUGGAGCCCCCUUUGGAAGGAAUGCAGUGUAGCUGUGUAUCCUAGCGGAGUGGGGGUCUUGAGGAAAAGCAGCAUUUUUGCGGAGAAGUACCGCAAUGGUCAAUUCCCCACCUGAACCCCCUCUAUCACCCUUCUCUGAUUUCUUUCUGGGCUAUGGGAGAUGUCAACGAAUUAAAAAUGCAGAUAACACCAGAAACUCCAGGAAGGAUCCCUGUUUUAAAUCCCUUUGAAAGCCCUAGUGAUUAUUCUAAUCUACAUGAACAAACUCUUGCCAGUCCUUCUGUUUUUAAAUCUACAAAACUACCAACUCCAGGGGAAUUUAGGUGGUCUAUAGAUCAACUGGCUGUAAUAAAUCCUGUAGAGAUAGACCCAGAAGAGAUUCAUCGUCAAGCUUCCUACUUAAGUCAUUCUCGAAUAGAUAAAGAUGUGGAAGACAAAAGACAAAAAGCCAUUGAAGAGUUUUUCACUAAAGAUGUCAUCGUACCCUCUCCUUGGACUGAUCAUGAUGGAAAACAGCCUUCUGAGCAUCAUCCCACUAAAUGCUUUAAUACGAAUAAUGACUCUCCUGUUGGGAAAAAGCUGACUGUUCCUUUUGAGAAAUGCAAUGCUGCUUGUCAGACUUUGCUGUCUCUUCCUGUGGAUUUUAAUUUGGAAGCUAUAUUAGGAGACUAUUUUAGAACUGAUGACUUUGUGGACCAAUCUCCUGGAAACCUCAGUUCUUCAUCUCUGAGAAGAAAACUGUUUUUAGAUGGGAAUGGGAGCAUCUCUGACUCCUUACCUUCAACUUCUCCUGGAAGUCCUCCUAGCAGUGCUCAAGGAUCCCUUGAGGGACAGUUUUCUUCUAGCCCUAUUCAGAAUAGUGAAAAAAAAUACAGUUUGGGGAGCAUAACUAGUCCUUCACCCAUUUCCUCACCCACUUUCUCACCUAUUGCACUUCAACUAGGAAAAACACCGCUGUCAGAACAGAAGAAAUUUGAAUUUCAUUCCCCUGACGCGUCGUCUGGAACAAGGGCCACUGGGAUCAGCAAUGCAAGCAUUAGGAGCCCGUACAUAGAUGGCUGCUCACCAAUUAAAAACUGGUCUCCUCUGAGACUAGGAGCUGCUCCUCGGUAUCGGACCUCACUGAUUCGGGUACCUUUUACUCUUGAGACUCACAGUGAAGAUGAAGAGGACAAUGUUCCUUCCACAGAUAUGUGUCCACUGGCUGCGGGGAUGCCCCUUCAGCCGUUGAACGGUGACACUUCAGCAUGUGGUGAGCCUUUAGUUGUCACUGCCAUGUCGAUUACGCAAAGUCAGUCCAGCACUUCUGAGAAAGAACUAGCACUAUUGGAGGACAUUGGAAGUGAGAAAGAGAACAACACAGUGGAUAUGGUUGAUUCUAUAGAGACAGCAAAUGAGAGCACUUGGAUUAAGGAGCCAGUAGAUAAUGGGAAUUUACCUGUAACUGAAUUUGUGAAUGGAAUUCCUUUCAGUAUUGAAAACUCUCAUAUGUGCAUGUCGCCACUUGCAGAAAGCAGUGUUCUCCCCUGUGAAAGCAGCAACAUCCAGAUGGACAGUGGCUACAAUACACAGACAUGUGGAAGCAAUAUCACUGAUACUGUUGGAACUGAAAGCUAUUGCAAAGAAAGUGAUGCACAGUCCUUUGAAGUCGAAGUGAAACCUCAACUUUGUAAUGCAAAGCGAGAGCACAGUGCAGAGGUGUUGUAUGAAAACUGCAAGCCCAUCUCAGUGCGGCACUCCAUAGAGUCUCUUCAAGACCAAAGAAUGGCUCAAUAGCCCCUUGUGGGUUUUAUGUACAUGAUCAAUGUGAUGGUGACUGGGGGAAAAAGUGCUUCAAAUGAUAUGCUUAGCUGCCUUCAUGUGAAAAAUCAAAGCCAGUGAAAUAGAUUAGUGACAGAAACAAGAAAGCUCCAAGUUUAAAUACAAACUUAUUUAUUUUUUAAUCAAUAAAUAUUUUUAUAUUUACCUUGAGUGAAGUGUUUGACAAAAAUAUAUAUAUAUAUAUAUAUGACAGAGCUGAUGGCUUUCUCCUGUCCUACAGGGUCAAUGAUCUAUUUUGUUAAACUUUUUCAUGAUAGUAUGGAACUUAACAGUUCUCAGAACAUAAAAGAAUGUGAAAACUGAAGGCACUAUAUAGUUUUAUAUGAAAACAUGAACAUACCAUGAAAGUUUGAAUAUAAAAACUUGAAGUUAAAUAAGUUCCCUUGAAAUUUCAUUUCUUUAGCUAUUUCUGUGUGGAAAUUGCUUAGUUACAGUGAUAAGUGCUCUAAUACUUAAAAGUGUAAAUACUAAAAAGGUGAUACUAAGUAUCAUCAUACAUCUUGACAUCUGUAGGGUAAAUGUGGGAUACCAGAUUUUAUAUACCAUUAUUCCUAGGGCAGGGCAUCCCUUACAGUUCAAGUUUGGCUAAGGAGAGGAAGAGAAUACAGGAGAAUCAGAAUGACAGUGGGAUUCCUGUUGGGUUUAGAACCAGGAAUAACACCUGGGCAAAUAUGUAAGUAAAAUACUUUUUUAAAAAAACGUAUUAGGCAUAUAAAACAUGUUUGGAAAUGUCUCUGGAGAAUGUAUUUUUGUAUUUACUUAAGAACCAACUCACAGAAAACAUCAUGAUUAGCCCUAGAAAAUAAAGUUGUCAUUUCCAACUUUAUUGUGUACAGUACUCCAUACUUUGUGUGCUUUUAACCUACACACAGAAGUCCAUGUCUUCAUUCGCCUUCUUCAACACACUAUGAAACCACUGUGAAAUGCACAUUGAAAGUUGAGUGUUCUAGUUUGUUUUUUGUUGCUGUUAUAAAUCACUGACCAAAACCAACUUGGGAGGAAAGGGUUUAUCUGGUUUAUGGUUACAGUACCAUCAAGAGAAGCCAAGGCAGGAGCCUAGAGGAAGAAACUGUACUUGUUUGCUUUCCCUGUCCUGGCUUGCUCAGUUACCUUUCUUAUACCUGGCCACGGAUGGCACCAUCCACUGAGCUGAGGCCUCCUAUAUUAAUUAGUAAUCAAGAAACUGCCUCAUAGUCUGAUAUAGGAAAUUCCUCAACUGAGGUUCUCUCUCCCUACUUCUGUCAAGUUGACAACUAAAAUGAGACAAGUGGUCAACUGAAAUCUAUCUAAAAGCAAUUGUAAUCCAUGAGUUUAGUCCUUAGAACAGAAGCUUCUCUGGCUAGCAGCUUUUAAUAAAAGACCAAAGUAGUAACCAUAACUGAGAUUCAAAUAACCUAUUUGAGCUGAGUCCUUUUUUAAUGGAGACAACAGUCCCAAUAGCUGGUUUUUUUUGAAACAGUGUAGCCUAACUUGGCCUUGAGCUUGCAGCUUCUGGAGUGUCAGGAUUAUAGGUGCGCAUUGCCUUGCCGCUAUUUCGUUUUAUGAGCAAUCCACUCAUCCUUAGUCUCCGUGGGGGACUGCUUGUAGGACUUCCCACAGAUAGAAAAACGGAUAUUCCUUAAAUGAUACAGUCUUUGCAUGUAAGCAAUGCACAUAUUCCUAUAUACUCCAGAUCCUCUAUCGAUUACUUUUAAUACCUAAUACCACAUAUUAAAUACAGCGCAAAUAGUAGUUGUACCAUAUUAUUUGUGGACUAAGGACAAUGACAAAGUCUAAAGAUGUUCAAGGUUUAUAUGCAGUUUUUUCAAGUAUUUUCAAUUUGCAAAUGCAGAGCUUGGAAACUGAGACUGACCAUGUUUUAUCUGAUUAGCUUCAGAACUGGCACUAGAAAAAAAAGAAGCCCCAAAAGGAGGCCUUGAGUGAAAUAGAUUUCUGAUCAUAUUUACUCAAUUAAGACUGCAUUAACUAGGCCUUCCACAAAAUCACUCCAGACAACUGGAAAGAAACAGAUAUGGGGCUGGGAAGAUGGCUUGGUGGGCAAAGUAUUUGCUAUACAAGCAGGAAGACCAGGGUUUGGAUCCCUAGGACCCAUGUAAAAACCAACUGUGGCUAGGUUUGGUGGCCUACAUCUUUAAUCCCAGUUCUUGGGAGACAGAGGCAGAGGCAGACAGAUCUGAGGCAGCCUGGUCUACAUAGAGAGUUCAGGCCAGAUGGGGCUAUGGGAAACCCUGUCUGAAAAACAAGAACCAAAUAUAAAGCCAUGAAUGGCAGUAUAUGACCUUAACUCCAGCAAUAAGGGCAAAGACAAGACAGCCCAGGGGCUAGCCAGUCUAGCUGAAAAUGACAAACUCCAGAAUGACCCUAUUUCAGAAAAUUAAUGUGGCAAAGCAACUGAGGAAGACAUCCAUCAUCAACCUCUGGCCUCAACAAGUGCCAGAACAGAUAACUGCACCCACUUGCACAGGUAACAGUCUUCGCCUCCUUUACCAAGAAGUACCCCAUUUUCCUCCCUCUACUUCAGGUAAAUUAUGGCAGUUUUUAUUUCAUAUCGCUUAUAGUACUGAGAUCAAACCCAGGGCCUUGUACAUGCCAAGCAAUCAUUUUCCCAACAGCAAAAAAAUUUCUCUUGGUUGGUGUAUAAAACUCAGGAGUAAUUAUUUUUAACACACAAAAUUGUAGGAAGCUUGUUUCUUUAGAGAAAUAUUUUUCAGAAUACAACCAAGCUUGUUAAGACAGUGUAUGUUUGGCAUCUUAUGAACUAAAAUUUCAGAACUGUGCUAUAGUUACAGCUAACAGUCAAAACGCUCUGGCCUUUUAUAGAAAAGGUUUGCUGAUCCCUGUUCUAUUGGUAGUCACUGAUCCAUUUGUUUAGACCAGAGUCUAAGGCUGUCUCCAACUGAUAAAGUUCAAUUACUGAAUGCCUACAUGAUUGUAAAUACUGUAGUUAUGUCCAUUAAUAUAUGCUGACUUGCCAGUGCCUUUCUACUGUACUGCAGACUCCAUGAAGGCAGAAAAGGUCCACUUGACUGGUAUACAAGUACUUUAGAAACAGAGUAAGCAAAGUUAAAAUGUUAAAAUACUUUUGAAUACACCAACAUAAUCAUUGAGAUUAGCAAGACAAAUCAUCAAUCUGGCAUAUCGAAUGAGAUAGUUUGUUCUUUUUAAUGUCUUUAAUAUACUCCCCCUUCUAUAUAAUCAGGUAUAACUGAAAUUUAAGUCUUUUUUUUUUUAAUUUUUAUUUUGCGUAUGAACGUUUGGCUUGCAUGUAUAUAAGUACACCACAUGCAUGCAAUGCCUGCAGAAGCCGUAAGAGGGCAUUGGAUCCUCUAGAACUGGAAUUAGGGGCUGUCAUUAGCCAUCAUGUGGGUGCUGGGAACUAAACCUGGGUCCUCUGUAAUAGCAGUCAGUGCUCUUAACUGCUGAGUCAUCUCUCUAUCUAGUCUCCCAUCAUCUCUUUUUUUAUAUAUAACCAGUUGUAGAACUUAAAGUACCACCUCUAUUCUGCUGAGCUCUAAUGCCUUAUUUUGGGGAGAUACUGGAGCUGAAGAUUAAGGACUAAUAAAUAACAAAAAAUAACUAUUUUCCCAGUCAGGUCACAAUACCCCGUUUCUGGUUUUCCUGUAAGUUCCAAACAUUCACAGCUGUCUGAGGACCACUAGUAGAAUAUAGAAGGCUUUUCAAUGCAUAUAGGAACACAAUGUCGUAAGUAGGCAAAUUAAAGUGGCAAAGAGGAUUAUAUGCCCAAGGCGGUUUAAGAUUUACAAAGAGUAAUUCUUCACUUCUAAAAAUGUUCUUUUUUCCUCAGAAAAUGAUAGUUUCUUUCCUACAUUACUUACAAAAUUAAUCUGCUCUUUAAUGAGCAGAUGAAUGCUCCAUCUAAAUGAUUUUUAUAGAUCCCUGAAGUUGCUAUCCUUUCACUAAGUGAUGGAUAGUCAACUGAAUUUUUUGCAUAAUUUUUUCAUAACCACGUAAGACAGAUCCAGUCAACAA